AUGGCUCCAAGGAAGAGAGCCACGAAGGCGGUAGCGAGACCCCGUGUGGCAGAAUCACGUUUGGGUCGUGCUGCUGCUAGUUCUGCCGAUGUAGUAGAACAGUCGGGUCUCGUCAUGUCGACCCCCAAAUCCGAAGCGGGUUCACGAGCUAGAACCGCAAGAAGGCCUGCCGCUAGAGGCAAAUGGAGCGAGGAGCAUCUAUUGACGAGCGACAAGUCCCUCCUGAUUGACCUCGAUCUAGUGAAAUUACUGGCACAACCCGAAGCAUGGAAUUGUCUUGAGGAAAGCGAAAAGCGCGAAAUCCUUGAUCUACUCCCCCCAGAUGUUCACCCGCAAGCACAAGAUGCAUCGGGUGACCCAGACGCAAAGAUACCACCCAUUCCCGACUCUUUUAUCCGCUAUUCCAACAACUGGCGCGACGGCGUUCGACAGUUCCAGCUCGACCUCCAAAACGGCCGCUACGACCCGGAAUGGCUGCACCAGGCGCAGGAAGCCAGGCAGCAGCGUCAGAAUGGCGACUUCGAUGACUUUAAAGAGCGCGAGUAUGAACAGUUCUGGGGACAGAAGCAGAGAGCCAUCUGGAGGGCGCCUGCGGGAGAAAGUGCGCGUGUGAAGCUGGGAACUCUAAUCAAUGAAGGUGUUAUCCAGCUGGGCGAUAUCUGGAAGUUCUACUAUGUUUACGGCAGGGGCCCGGGCAAAACUGUCAUUGAAAAAGAAGUUAGGGUCCAUGGCCGUGAUGGGGCGAAAUUGACUUUUGCAAUUCCACCUGGUGAACGAGUCUUCCUUCGCAGCAAUUUCGACAAAGCAGAGACAUGUUUGACACCAGAGAAGGUGGAAAAAGACGUGAAAGUCGACCUCGACACAGAGUCACAUCCAGUGCCAUCACCUUGCGAUAAUAAACAAGUGAAAUCCGAGGGUCCAGAAUUACGUGCCAUUAAUGCAACCUCCAAUGGUGAAGAGAUGAAAUCUGCCACCGAUCAACCGCCACAUGAUAAUUCUGCAUCUUCCAAUAACGAUGAAACACAGCUUGACAAUGGCCAAGCAUCACACGGGUUCCCUGCAGCUUCUACCGGGGAUAUGAAUACUAAGACCGACCAAGCGCAACAAGGCACCCCUACCUCUUCCGGUGAGGAGAAAAUGAAGCCUAAGGAUAGCGGGGCGUCAUAUGGGGUCGCUGGAUCUUCUACUGACGAGAUGAAUAUCGACACCGACACCCCUACACAGCCAGUCAUUGCACUUCCAAACGAUGAAGAGAGCCAACAAGAAACCUCAUUCAGCGUUGUUAUUUGUAGUCCCGGUGGUAUGCGAAGUCAAAAUCCCAAGCGUACAAUCCCGGAGCCCGAGCCUCAACCCCCAGUGAAGCGCAAACGAGGACGACCACCUAAAAACCCGCCAAAGCAGCCUAAACCAGAAACCCCCAAAGAGCCGGAGAUAUCUCGGGAAACAGACGAGUCCCAGCGUGAUGAACAGAACCAAACCGCUCCUCUUUCUUUCAUGUCCAUCUUGAAUUCGAAAAUUAAAGAAAACGGCAAAGCUGCAACAGAAUCCUCCCAGCCAAGCCCCCCUCAACCGCAGCCGGAGUCCACUUUGUCGGCAGUUUCUUCCACACACAAGCCCCCCGAGUCCCCUGCGCUAGAGUUACCUACGCCAGUAGAGGAAUCACCCGUUGCAAAUACCAACGGAAAAAAUGAUAAAGCGGAAUUAUCCACGGCUCAGUCCGAUAUUCCUAUGGACAGCGCUGAGGCACCCGCUGAGACACUCGACGAAGCUGAGAAGGAAGAAGUCAAUAAAUCCUCAACUACUGAGCAACAGAAAGUCCAAGUCCUCACUUCGUCUCAAAUUACUACCAGUGAGCCGGACGAGAUCAUUGUUCCCAAUCUCUCGUCGCCACAAGCACUCGUUCAUAAAAUUCUACAAAUCGAUGGCCGCAUGCCGAAUAGCCGUACAGCGAAUGCCUGGAAGGAAAUCCGAUGCUACCGAAACAACCAGGACAUGGGCAGCCUCUUUGACGUGCGCGAGGCUUGGUUCCUCCAGCAUGGACCACUCGAGGAGUAG